UCCGCGGCUGCCAGGAUGCCCGUCGCGAUGAAAGACGUCAUGAGGCUGCUGUGCUCCAUUUCGGAGGAGAAGAAGAUGAAAGCGGCCGUCAAACACUCAGGAAGGGGCGCUCUGGUCACUGGCGCUGUGGCCUUCGUUGGUGGCCUGUUCGGUGGUCCCCCAGGAAUAGCCGUUGGGGGCACCGUUGGGGGGCUCCUGGGGGCUUGGAUGACCAGUGGCCAGUUUCAGCCUGUCCCUCAGAUCCUGAUGGAGCUGUCGCCCGCUCAGCAGCAGAAGCUGCUCAAUGAGUUCACGGCCAUCGUCAGGGACCUGGAUGGGACAGACGCGGUGCAGCUGGUGGCCCUGGUCAUGGGCAGUGAGGCCCUGAAGCAGCGGCUGCUCACCAUGCUGGUGGGCUACAUCACCAAGGAGCUGGGGGCCGAGGUGCAGUAUGGCGAUUAGCCCGUUAGGGCAGCGGUGUCGCAGGAGGUGACUGGGAGCGGCGGGCCCCACCCCACCCCGUAUCACCGUGGGCGGCCGUGCGCCUCCUGCGGGAGAGGCCCGGCGGAGCCCCUUUGUGGCCUGGAAAUUAUUAUGGACGAGGACGGCACCACGCCGUGUGGCUUUUGUGGGGCCGGGUUUCCGAGCCCACCCUCCAGACGUGGGGUCCGGGGAGGUCACGGCGCUCAGCCGCUCGUCUGUGAAGGCGACUUCUGACCCAGCACGCGUCGCGGGACUCGGCGCCCCCCGCGCCGGGCCCAGGGGCUCGGGGCCUGGCAGCCAGAGCCCCGGCAUCAUGGGGAGCCCUGAGGGCGCCCCGUCCCGCAGCCCGUUCCCGGGGGCCCCUGAGAGGGAAAGGCCAAGUGCACGCGGCCCUUCUGCCUCCCGCCCGCACCUCACUGUCCCAGCCGGGUUCCGCUUUUUAAGUUGUCGGCUUUCAGGAGAGGGCGCCAUUGCUCUCUGUGGACGCAUCGGGUCACACGCCAUGGGAGAAGGUCGCACCGGAACCUUCCCACGCACUGAGAACCACAGCGGCCCUGGGCUCCAACAGGGUGCCUUUUCUGCACAGCCCCUCCCCCGCACUCCUGCUCUGCCUCUCCUCCUCGGGAGCCAGCCCCUCCCCAAGGCAGGGAGCUCAGGGGAGGUGCGGUGUCGGUGGCUCCUGUGGCUCCAGGACAGAGGGCCCUGCGCACAGACCCCUGCCUCCCCCGCCGGCCGCCGUGAGGUAGGAGAGUGCCGGCGCCCGCGUCUCCGUGUGUGUGCAGAGCACCAGAGGCUGGGCCGACCCGGUGCUGAGGGAAGGCUGAGCCCGUGUCUCCAGGAGAAGCUGCUCACAGCCUUGUCGUGCCGCGCGCGCCGCGCCCCCGGCCAGACGGGCUGCCCGGAUCAUUUCUGCACCGCCUGGGGCCGGGCAGGGUGGCCUUAGAGAACGCUCCCGACUCGAGAAGGUGACCAGGAGUUAUUCACAGGCGGGGUGACGCUCCGCCGGUCUCUGGGCUCCUGGGGUCCCACCCCGAGGUCCCACAGCUGCGACCACCGAAGUCCUCCAUGGCCGGCCUGCCUCCCCCAGGGGAAGUGGCCCUGGGCAGCGGCCACCCCGUGGCUGAGUGAUCUGGGCUCGACGCAGCCCGACGCCCUGAGCAAGCCCACUUUGACCAGCUGGGUCCUGGGGUCACUUGCAUGGACUGUGGGCCUGAGGGCCGCCCAGACCUCACGUCCCUACUCCCUCAGGGGCAGAACAGACGUCCCUUGCUCUUCAGGCUCUCUCGGCUCCUGUGCCUUUAGUGUUUGUAUUUCAGUAUUUCCUUGUUACAAAAAAAAUCCUUUUUUUAAAAAAAGUAUAUUUAUUGAU